AGAUUCAUACAGUACCUGAACCCCAAACCAGCAUCUAGCGAGUACGAGUGCGUAGUGUUCAUGCGUGUGAAUGUGACAGAAAAGCAGAGAGCAUUGGGGACAGUGUCAAAAAAUCCAAUUGAAAGAAAAAAACCCAAUGAGCAGAUAUGAAUAAGGUCGAGGGAGGGCUUGAAUUUCAUCAUUGACUGCAGUUGGGGAGGCAUUCCUGAGCACGAGAGAGAGAGAGAGAAGGGGAGAGAGAGCACGAGCGAGAGAGGGAAUUCGCUCAACGGGAUCGCGUCGCGCGGAGCUGUGUGGAUUAUACAGAACACCCAGUAUCGGUUUCUGCUUUAUUUUGCUUUGGUUUUCAGUUGGACACAUUGAAGGAUCGCGGUUUCUGUGCAGAAGAUCUUGUCUUCAGCUACAAGACACCACGGAACUUCGAGCAGAGAGGAUCAGAAACUUUUGGUUUUCUCCCGAGAAAUUUAAAUAGCGUGUAAACCUCAAGAUCAGAGCUUUCCAAAACUUCCCAAAAACUCCAGAAAAGCGACACGGAUGGCCUGCCAGCACACGAUUCAGAGGGUGGAUACACAGUCUUGUUUUCCCAGAGCUGUGCCAACAUCAUGCCUAAGCAAGUGGAGGUGAGGAUGCAUGAGAGCCAUCUUGAACCCAUUGAACCUGAAGCCACACCACCACGCUGUGGGGGCAUCUGUGGGAAAAUGGCCAGGAACAUGCUGCUCACUCUCACAGUGCUGGGUGUGAUUCUGGGGGCUGUGGCUGGAGCCCUGCUGCGCUUUGCCUCUCCCAUCCCAUCAGACAUCAUCAUGGUUAUCGCUUUUCCUGGAGAUAUCCUCAUGAGGAUGUUGAAAAUGCUCAUAUUGCCACUCAUCAUCUCCAGUUUAAUCACAGGCCUGGCAGGACUGGAUGCCAAGGCCAGUGGCCGGCUGGGCACCAGAGCCAUGGUUUACUACAUGUCAACAACCAUCAUUGCAGCCGUUCUGGGUGUCAUCCUGGUGCUGCUCAUCCACCCUGGAAACCCCAAACUUAAGGCUCGGUUGGGAGAGGGCAACAAAAACGAUGAGGUCUCCAGUCUGGAUGCCUUCUUCGACCUCAUCAGAAACCUCUUUCCAGAGAAUCUAGUGCAGGCGUGCUUCCAGCAGAUCCAGACGGUUGCUAAGAAGGUCCCAGUUGUCCCUGAUUACUCUGAUGAGGAGAACACCAACUCCACCAUGGAUGACUUAUUGGUGAAUGCAACUGUGGCACCUGAGACAGUCUACAUGACCAAAAAAGCUCUGGAGUUCAAGGGUGGGAUGAAUGUGUUAGGUCUGAUUGGCUUUUUCAUUGCUUUUGGAAUUUGCAUGGGAAAAAUGGGGGAGAAAGCCAAGCUGAUGCUGGAGUUCUUCAACAUCCUCAAUGAGAUCGUCAUGAGGCUGGUCAUCAUUGUCAUGUGGUACUCUCCUCUGGGAAUCGCGUGCCUGAUCUGUGGGAAGAUCAUCUCCAUUAAGGAUCUGGAGGUGGUGGCUCGCCAGCUGGGCAUGUACAUGGUAACUGUCAUCAUCGGGCUCAUCAUCCAUGGUGCCAUCUUCUUGCCUCUGCUCUACUUCAUCAUCGUGCGGAAGAACCCCUUCACCUUCUUCAUAGGUAUCUUUCAGGCCUGGAUCACUGCCUUGGGCACAGCAUCCAGUGCUGGCACACUGCCUGUCACUUUCCGCUGCCUGGAAGAGAACCUAGGCAUUGACAAGAGAGUGACGAGGUUCGUUCUGCCUGUGGGAGCAACCAUCAACAUGGAUGGCACUGCGCUGUACGAGGCUGUGGCCGCCAUCUUCAUUGCACAGAUGAAUGGAAUCAACUUGGAUGGGGGACAGAUAGUCACUGUCAGUCUGACCGCCACCCUAGCCAGUGUGGGAGCGGCCAGCAUUCCGAGCGCUGGACUGGUCACGAUGCUGCUGAUCCUGACCGCUGUGGGGCUGCCCACACAGGAUAUCAGUCUACUGGUGGCUGUGGACUGGCUCCUGGACCGCUUCAGAACCUCAGUCAACGUGGUGGGCGACUCAUUUGGUGCUGGGAUCGUCUACCACCUGUCCAAAGCGGAGCUGGACAAUCUGGAUGCCCAGCAUGGUCACCAUGAUGACAUUGAGCUCACCAAAACACAGUCCCUCUAUGAUGACCUGAACCAUCGGGAAAACAACUCCAACCAGUGUGUUUAUGCUGCUCACAACUCUGUCCUAGUAGAUGAGUGCAAGGUCACCUUGGCCACAAAUGGCUCCACUGCUGAAUACACACUUGUUGAGGAGGAACCUUGGAAACGUGAAAAAUAAAGAACAGAGAUCCCAGCUGCGCCUUAUCCAGAGCCUCCACAAGCUUUCCACCUGGUGAAAAAAACAAACAAAAAUUAAAAAUAAUUUUCAAAUAAAAAAACUAAAACAAAUAAUCAUUCAAAACUAAUAAUUGGUUUCAUGAUUUAGUUUUGAUGACAAAAUCUAUUAAUCUAUUAAUUCUCACAAAAACAUGACUGACCAACUGAUUGAAUGACGUAGUUCAAUAACCUACUAACUCCCUAAAGCAUGUUUGUUUGUGAUUUUAUAGUGCGAUUUUCACUAUAGAGUCUACUUUCUAAAAAGAGAAACCCCUUUGCUCUCCAGUGACACCAAAUGUGAUAUCUGGGCUCAGGCAGUUCACUAGUCUGUGCAAAAGGAAAAAUAAUGAGACUGACAAACUGCCUGUCCCGAGCUUGAGCAUGUGCGACGAUUUGGGAUUUUCAUUAAGGUCAAAUGGAAUAAAUGAUUUUUGUGCUCAAGGCUGGGGCAGGGAAACUCAUUUCUCUCUGUCCUUGUUCAACCACCAUCAUUUGUCAUGCAAACCUUUAGGCCUCUACUUCUGAAUUAGAGCAGAUUUAUUUUCAUGCUCUGCUCAAGUUCUUGCACAGAAAAACUUACAAAGUGGCAAGGCCAUCAUUUAUCAUCAUUUCUUGUCUUUCCUCGUGGUGGUAGUGGAGGGUUACAGACAGGGGGCCCUAUUUUACCUGUGCCAGUCUGAUUAAUUCCAGUCGGGGCAAGUAUUUUUCCUACUGGAAAAAUCAGGCCCAGCCUGCUGGAUGUUCAGCAGCAUCAGGCCUACCUCACAGUGUACUGACAACCUCCUUCUGCGCUGCUCAUUUUCAUUCUUACAUUUGGACAGCAGCCCAAUGAGAAUCUUUUUUUCAAACAAAAAUAAAUGUUAUGGAACUCCCCAUUCAGCUUAUACUCUAUAUUUAAAAUGAUUAGUUAAGGGAUUAAAUUAAGGGAAAAGAGGCACUACACUGCCAGAGACAGGGAGGUCUGUCUCAUGAUUGAAUGGAGUGAAUCAAAUGAUUGGACAGGUCCAAUGGUGUCCCUACAAUGUCUUCACCUGCCAUCCGAUCUUCAAACUUUGUCUAGUGGGAUUUUCUUUUUCACGAUAGAAAAACCUUGCUUCAUCGUACCCCUUUCACAGUUAUCUUUUCUGGUGGCAAAAAUAUGACGGCAAUAUUUAUCAAGGUAUUUUUUGUGGGGGGCAGACAGUAUUAUACUGGGAUACAUUCCACAAAGUACACUAUGGUCUGUAGGUAAACCUACAGAAAAAUUUUAAAUAUUUAGGCAUGCAUUAGCAUAUAUUUGUAUGACAAAAAUAUAUUUAAAUCAGUAAUACAAACCACAUAGUCUUGUCAUGACUAAAUAGUAAGAACAAUUGGAUUUGGCAUGUCUUCACAAUCUACCAGGAGAAUCCAAUGAGUCAUGCAUACUGAUUGGUGAGGAUGGAUUCACCUGUUGAUUCUGACAGAUUUCUUCUCUCUAGUUGACAUAACAUUCUCAUUUAGCUCUGAGACUGCCAGUCCACAAGUUUGGUCCUUUGAAAGUUAAGAUAUUAUUACAGUUCUUCCUUCAAGGCCUUAUAUCAUAAUAAUAAUAAUACAACCCAAAAAAGCACCUCUUACCUCUUUCUUUGAGAAAAGGAGCUUUGUGUCUUAAUUCUUUUGGGGGCCAUCAAAUACAGUAGUAAAUUUCUUUGUAUCAACAGACCAAAAACUGUCAUCAUUCUACUGUGACAAAAUAACUUUUAAUGAACACUCUUCUCAGCUUUGGUGGUAUAAGUUGUUCUGUGCUGCAUCUGUGAUCUGGUAUCUCUAUGAAAUUACUAUAAUGUAUUGGUUAGUGUAUUGAUUGUUGGAAGUAUAUAAUUAAAUUUGUAUUGAUUGUGUAGUGGUUAUAUUUGCUGUAGUAAGAAAAAAUGUGAAAAUACUGAGAAUAGAUCCUCUGAGACCCAAUUCUAGAGGAGAUCGAUAAGAUUAAUAACAGUGGGGGAAAUUAACUUCAGAGAGACUGGUUUUAUUAGAAAAGCUUGCAUGCAUGCUAAGUGCAGUAAUUUAAUAGAAAUUAAAUGGACAUAGAUGAAUUGUAAAUUAUUAGGGUUCUUUGAAUUCGUAAUGACUUAAAUGUAAUGCCAAUGUCUUAGAGCAAGAGCAUCAGUUCUACCUAGUCUGCUUUUCCUCAGUCUGAUAUAAAAGAAAUAUGUAAGCCUUAUUUGGAAUCAAUCUUGCAUUUAAAUUAAAAUUAUGACAUUACACAUCAUUUUAACAAAUUGUACUGCCUUGUUCUAGCAUGUUUUAGAGUUGCCAAUAUGUCUCAUUUUGUUGUUGCAGGAUAAUUUAAGUACAGAAUCCACGGUUCUAGUAUUGGGUUGUUUUGGGUUGGGCUCAUCUACAGAUGACUACAGAAGGAUCAGGCACAUACUUAUCAGACAAUUUGUUGUGAAAUGUGUAGACCACGUGAGUGAAGCAAACACCUAGCCACUGAAAAGUAUUCAGAAAGACACUCUGAAUUAUUUUAUCACUUAUUCAUUCCUGGAAUAAAAGACUAUAAAUGUUGAGAGAAAGUAUUUGGAAGAAAAGCCUUCGUACUUUGAAAUAAAAAGAUGCUAAGGCUGAGAAGCUAAGAAAAGUGUUCUUGAAAAUCUAUAAUUCCAUAAUGCUGAAAUACAACUUCCAAUUAAAGUUUAAAACACCCUGUACCCUUCCACCUCUUCAAACAAAUUUCACCCAAAACAUUUCAACAUACCGUAGGUUUUUUAGCUACCCCACUUUAUCCUGGUCUUUUAGGAAAUAACCUAUGUGUCCUGCCCAAGAAAGCGUUAUUGACACUUCACACAGAGAAUUAAACAAACUUCCCCAAAACACUUUUUGGAUUCCAAUGAAAACCAAAUACUAGUCAAAUAUUCCAUCUAUCCAUUUUCUAAUCCACUUAACCAACUCAGGGCUGUGAGAAAGGGAUAGACCCUGGAUCGGAUGGUAGUCCAUUGCUGGACAUAAAGUCAAAUAUCACACUUUCAAAAUAAUAUGAAAAUAGUUUGGAUAUAUGUUUAAAGAACAAAAUCAGAAACAAUAGUGAAAUAUAUCUGAACAUGUAUAAAUACAGUUAAAAUAAAAUGUAUUCAAUUAUUUUAUGUACUUUGAGCACAUUGAAAUUUGUCAAUGGGGAACUAAAAUGGAAUUUUAAAUUAGUACAUUUAUAGACUUUCUAAAAUUGAUUUCUGUAUAUUUCUAGCAUUUUAUAUUGCAACGUAAAACUAUGCUUUCAGGAUGUUUUUUUAUAUUUGUUGCUUGGAAAGACUAGAGCAUACAAUCUAAUGUUCUGGGAACACCUCUGUUUAUCUUUCUUUGAAAAUAUCCAUUCUAUUUAAAAUGAUCAAAAAUUAUAUCACAAGAAAGCACAUUUUCAUGCUGUGUUGUUUUUGUCUAGCCCAUCCCUUUAAUCUGAAGAUUAUCCCCGAGUGCAGGAACACGUGUUCAGCCUAUUACCACAAAGGUCAUGACUGUUCUUAGCGCCUCUGACAAGGAGGAGGGUGUCCUGUUUCCAAACAUCACGGUGUAGUUUAAGGUAUAGAAAAUGCAUGAAAACCAUGAUGAUUCAGAAGCACAGAGGUGAAUAUGAAACCUUGCACUUGCAUUUCAGAAGAUAGAAGCAUAAUUGAUAUACUGUAGUGUAGUACAGUAUAAGAGCUACUGUAGCACAAGGAAAGUGAAUUAUUUCCUCUCAAGCAGAGACCACUGGGACAUUUGCUUGUAAUUCUUUGUUUGUUCACGUGUGUGCAAGAGGUGGGUGGGUGGUGUGUUUUUUUAUUGAUGAUUGUUUCAUUCUCCUUUUUUCCUUUUUUUUUUCACUUGAUGACAGCUUUGCCUUGAAAAUGUGAACUACAAACAGAGCAGCCUGUUUUAGGAGUUUGAUGAUGAUCACUGAUAAAAGCAUGAUAAUCUUACUAAUAUUACUUACUAAACAUUCAUAUUAUAGCACUCAAUCCCUUCAGGCGAUAGCCUGAGGUGUGCACUUCAGGCUAAUGAAAGCUACUGUACAUGAUAGUUUGGAUUUCUACAUUAUAUAUGGUUGUAUCUUUCUGUUCGGUACAUAAUUUAAUCCUGCCUAAGGUGUUGUUGUUUUACCAACACAAGUCUUUCAUUUUAGCAAAUCUUUUUUUUUAAUUUACAGCUGAAAGUUGGAAAGUAGCAUACCUCUACUCAUCUUAAAUCUAUACAGACUGGGUUCAGCAUUUAUUUUGAAUGAAGUAUGUCUAUAUAUAGUAGGUUUGUCUUGUUUUCAGGUAGUUUCUUUGACGAUAACAGUUGUGGCUGACCAGGCAACCACCUAAGGGGACUGAGUGUCAGACCAGCGAACCCUGUUUUAACCUACUGGAUGGAACAUCAUUUUGUAUCACUAUCUUAAAGCAUGAUUUAAAGUGCCUCUUUGCACUUUGUGUAUAUAUUGUAGGUAGGAAAUGUCUAAUUUCUGUGAAAUGAUGUUUAAGGGUAGUGUUUACUUGGUGUGACUAUUCUGUAAUUUGCUAGAGGAUACCUGCCUAUGUGCUCUGUAAAAGAAAUAGCUAAGAAAAAAAUUUAAAAGAGGAACUAAAAAGUUGCUUGUCCUUGCAUUUUGGUUAGCGGUUUGAAAUAGUCUUACAUAGAUGUUACACAUCCAUUAUAUAAAUCUAUAUAUAUAUUUUUGGGAAUCUAAUGUAAACAUUUCAAAUGUCUAUCACAUGAAAUUAAAAGUCAUGCGUGAAUUAUGUUCAGUGUACAUAUCCUAAAUGUGAAAUAGCAACUCAGAAUGUUCCAGAGAUUUAAUGAUGCUCCCUUGAACACUCUCCACAGGUGGAAGAGGAAGAAAAAACUGUUGGCUUAACCUUUCUUACUGUGAAGCUGUGUUUUUAAGUGGAGUUGUGUUACUUGGUUUGUGGAGUGUGGGUACUAUUGUCAUGUGUAACUAGGUUUACAGCGCACAGAGAAAAAGUCAAAUUUAUUAAAGACAGUCAGAAGCCUACAAAGCCUUUCCCACAGCCAAAAAAAUCUCUUGACAAGCACAAAAAACUUGAAUAGCACAAAAAUGGUAUCUUUUUAAAACGGGAGAAAAACAAACUUUGUUCUAGUUUCCUCUUUUUGAGGACCUUUCUCCUGUCAUAGACCUCCAUGGCAGUGCCUGUUAGAAAAAAAAAAGUAUUCCUCAGGUUAACAAACAGUGCUUUUGGCAGCAUCAAGGAAUUGUUAAAAAAUAAUUAAUAAAAUGUUUACUCUGUAUACAUUCCUGUAUGAUAUUUGCUGGGCUAGAGGCUCACGUUGAACUGCCAGUAAUGAUGCCACCCAUAUCCCCCUCACGUUCUGUAUUAAUUCUUUAUUUGACUGGAUGUAUUCCAGACUCCCUUCACCAGCAUAAACAACACUGGAGUAAUCCACACCAAACAUAUUGAAUGUAGCUCUAUAGAAAACAUUAUAUAAACUAUUAUAUACAGUAUUAAUUAAUUGUAAUUAACCGGUCAACUUAUACACAGUGUCAGUUUUAUUUGCAAAUAAUUCAUUUUAAAUUUGGCUUUUUCCUGUCCAUGUUUUUAUAAGCAAAAUCUCUGCGCACAUUAAAAAAGAAAAUGGUAGGCACAAUAUUUCUAUGACAGUUAAUGUACGUUUCUUUUCUACUGAUAAUUUUUCUCUUUUGAUGAAAUCUCCUAGAUUAGAGCCAACAACCGUCAUGGUCUUUUCCUGUUUCCCUUUCUUUUUCACUUGCACUUUAGUUUUACUUUUAGAAUUUCCUACUUUGUGAAUUUGUAGGUGUACUUUUAAUGGAAAAAUGGUUUUUAAACUUAAAACUUAUAUGAAAUCCUUUCUGUACCAAACCAGUGAAAUAAAUUAAAAGGCUAUUAAAAUCUAAGUAUUGUACCUUUCAUGUACAUAAAAUGGAAACUAAUAAAUGUUGGUUCAUAACUACAAAAA